CGAUCGUCUUGUUUCACGAUGUCCCCCACAGUCAAGCUCGAAUUUAACCCGAAGAACAUGCUCUUCCGGAGGCUUGGCUCUUCUGGUUUACGAGUCCCCGUAUUCUCCCUCGGAGGAUGGCUCACGUUGGGUGGAACCGUCACUGGUGAUCCUGUAAAGGAAAUUGUCAAAGUAGCUUUCGAGAAUGGGAUCAAUAUGUUCGAUACCGCAGAGGCGUACGCAAAGGGGCAAUCCGAACUGGAGAUGGGUCGUGUUAUCAAGGAACUUGGGCUACGUCGCACAGACCUCGUUAUCUCAACUAAGCUGUUCUGGGGCCUGAGAGAAGGGCCGAAUGACGGUGGACUGUCGAGAAAACACAUCAUUGAAGGCACCCAGGAGUCUCUCGAGCGCCUUGAGUUGAGUUAUGUCGACAUAAUCUUUGCCCAUCGUCCCGAUGCAUCAGUUCCCAUGGAAGAAGUCGUUCGCGCAUUCAACUACGUGAUCGACAAGGGCUGGGCGUUUUACUGGGCUACCUCGGAGUGGUCCGCUCGUGAGAUCGAAGAGGCACACCAUGUCGCCGAGAAGCUCAACCUUGCAGGUCCGAUCGCCGAACAAUGCCAGCACAACAUGUUCCAUCGCGAACGUCCAGAGAGCGAGUACCGACCACUGUAUAGCAAGUACUCGCUGGGAACGACGGUCUUCUCUGCACUUGCCAGCGGGGUUCUAACGGGGAAGGUAAUCAACUCCCUCUCGUGUCAAAUAAAACGUUUACAAAAGAUCUACCAGUACAACGACGGCAUCCCGGAGGGCACCCGCCUCGCGAUGCACAGCGGCCAGUUUAAGGGCAUGAUCGCUACCCUUGACGAACAAGUCGUCAAAGUGCGAAAGCUGACAGAGAUCGCGGAGAAUGACCUCGGAUGCUCUGUGGGCCACCUCGCGCUCGCGUGGAUUGCACGCAACCCGAACACGAGCACCGUCAUCCUCGGUGCGUCUCGGCCGGAGCAGGUGCUCGACAAUCUCAAGGCGCUCGAUGUUAUCCCGAAGUUAACACCCGAGAUUCUGGAGAAGAUUGAGGCCGUGCUCGGGAACAAGCCUGCGGCUACGCCAACGUUUGGGCGGCCACCGCUGGAUGCUUUCGGCCGGUUGUGAAGGCGGGGUAUUUGAGCAAUGGACGGAUACAUGUAUCUUGUUUAAUAUGACAUUACGGUAUACGAUACUUCCAGGAUACAAAGUGGACCAGAUAUCAUAGCUAGUCUCGUUCAAGUAACUGCACCAGAAGGAACUACACCACUCAUAAUGACGGGAACCGCAUUACGACAAUACUCCCGUUGGCUAACCCAAGAGCCAGCCGAUUUUCAAACGACCGUGCGGCCUUGAUAGGUGCCAUAUGGGGAAGCUUUGCCAGAAUCUUCUUGUCUCCGUCCGGUAGCAAACCGUUUUCAGCGACACAGACAUAACGUCCAAGCUUCAGAGAAAGUGAUGCAGGCAAACGAAAAGCGUCCUUCGGUACGCUCGCGCUCGCAUCCGAGGGUACCAGCCGCUGUCCACUCUGCGCAUCCCAAACCGUUACACCAUCAUCACCAUGAGCUUCAGCAAUGAUCUGCAUCCCGUCAAACGAGAAGUUCAGCGCCUUCAGGUUCCACCCCACCUCUAACGGCUCCAGCAGCGGUUCCAUCGUAUUUGCGUCCCAGACCCGGACCGUCCGGUCUUGACCGCAGCUCGCAAGCCUGAGUCGACCAUCGGUGUCGAGCGGCGAGAAAGCGAGGAGCGCAACAACACCCUUGUGUUUCUUUGCGGGACUCAUGCUUCCCACCGAGACUAUGUCAAAAACGCGCACGCGUCCGUCCUUGGUCGACCCAGUAGCGAUGGCCUCGACACCGCCGCUCCGCCCCCACGAGACGCUACGCACGGGCCGGCCGAGGUUCCGCACAGGCCUGGAGUGCUCUGCACCAGUGCUCAGGUUCCAAGAGCGCACAGAGCAGUCCUUGGACGCGCUUGCCACGUGCAAAUCGCCUGGUGCGAGGGCGAGCCCCCACACCGCACUACGAUGUCCUCGAAGCGGACCCAGAAGUAUGGUACCAGAAUGUGCAUCCCACACGCGUAUGGUGCAGUCUUCCGCGCCGGAGAUGAUCCUAGAGUUAUCGGAUGUGAUAGCUACGCAAGUGAUAGCCCCGGUGUGCCCCUCGAGGCGCCUGAGGAGGCGGAAGCUUUGGGCGUCCCAUAUGCGCAACGUCUCGUCGCGAGAACCCGUGACGAAAGCGGUUCCCCCAGGGAAGUACGAUAUGCACAGCACUGCACGUCCAUGGGCGACAAACGGCUCGCGAAUUGGAGCUCCGCUAUGGGCGUCAAACGCCCCUAUCCGCCGGUCUUUGGACGCCGUCAAGAGUUGCUGGCCGUCUGGCGAGAACGUAAGCCCAUAAACUGCGAGGUCGUGUAUAGUGAUGGCUUCACAAAUUUGUGAGCCGGCGAGCGCAUCCCAUAGCCUGACACGUCCGUUGUGUGCUGCGCUUGCCACUCGUGUACCGUCGGGUGCCCAUAUAGCCUGUGUGAGUGCUGCGGUAUUAUCGUAGUUUCCCAUCGUUAAGGCGAAUCCGUCGGGGUUGUGCAUUUCCGAGAGUUGUGCGCCAGACGCGGCGUCCCAGACACGCAAUGCGCUUCCAGUAACGGCGAGGAGCUGGCGCAUGUUCGGCGAGAAUUGAACGACGUGGAGAGCGCCAUUGUCUAGGCCAAACUCAGUUAAGAGCGGGGACCACUGCUCGCGAAAACCGCCUGCGAUGCUAGGGUAUACGCCCGGUUUGUGGUAAAUGCGGUAUAUGAGGGUAUUGGUAGGCGUGAAGGGAAGAGCGCUGGUGUACACGAGCAAGGGAUGCUCUUCGAUGAGGUUCAUGAAAGCUUGGCAAAAACGGAUGCCAUCGGACGCGAGUUCGAGAAAUUCGGAGUCGCUCGCAGGUUCCGGUGUGUUCUUUUGCAACCAAUCCCUCAAGGAGAUCAACAGCCCGAUUGUCUGCCUUGCCUUCCUGAGGAUCGACAUCGCCUCAAUCCAGUGCAACAGAUGCACGCGCAAGAACUCCUCCACAAGCUUCGCCACCCUGCCCACAUCUUCUACCUCGCUCGCCUGAACAGCAUGCCUAAUCCAUUGCUCGCACGCAUAAGCAACGUCCUCGGGUACCUGCUCGCACAGCUCGUCCCUCAUCGCGUCCGACAUAUCCAUCAUCACCAUCACCUUGCAGUAGUUUUCCUGCAGCCCGUCCGCAAGCCGGCUCAGGCACAGCUGUGCCAUGCGCACGUGGUGAACCUGCUUAUCGACAAACCACGCGUCGCGCCCACACCUAGUACGGUUCGUAAGGAAAUCCGCAAAUGAGGGGUGCAUAACUCGGAUUGGUUCCUCUCUAGCCCAUUGCACAACGCAGCCCAAGUGCUGGAUGGUAUGGAGACAUGGUCUCUUCCGCUUGCCACCGGCGUUGUUCGGGUCGGCUCCAUUGAGUGCAUCGAUAGUCCGUGCGCAGAGCGGGAAACUCGACGUAAGGACGAUGCCCAGGAUCUCCCGGAAAUCAGAGGCGAACGACUCGUCCGUCCAGUUUCCCGCAACCUCGAGUGCGGUGGUGUAGAUUCCGUCCAGCGCUGCCUCUGCCGUUGCAUACGCGCGGGCGCUUGUGAGAUCAGCGACGCGCUGUUCGGGGUCCUGGCCGUUCUCGAUGAAGUAGCAGGCUGUGGACGCCCAUACGAACAGGCCCGACGCACGCUCGGCGAGCAGUGCGAUGCGGGCGCCUGGCCAGUCUGGAGGAAGAUCGAGGAACUUGUUUUUGGCUCGGAUUGAGACCAUACGAAAGUGGAUGUAUGCAAGGACAUCGUCGCUAUUCGCAUGCGAGGUGAGGUCGAAUGUGGCACGGCGCACGUUUGGAGAGUCGGCUAGUGCUCCCUCGAUAUCGAGUUCAGCACGUCCGGUAAUGAGAACACGGAAAGUGGGUGGAAGUUUGCCCAUCUCGGUAGCGAGGACAUCCAGUAAGUCCUUCCGUGUCUGAGGCGAUCCGCACUCAUCGAGCGCAUCAAAGAUUAUGAGGACCGGACCUUCGCGUGAUAAGGUGUCGAGGGUGGAAAGGGGCUCGAGGAUCAGUUUGCGGAACUGCCAUCGAAGAGGUGACUGCCGGAUACUUGGUGUGUUCUCGAUAACCUUGGCAAUUGCGUUCCCAAUCCUGGGGUCAAACUCGCCAAGCUGAUAAGCAAGGGUACGUAUGACAGCGGCGGGGUCAUUGCGUGCGGAGACAUCGCGGUUGAAGAAAACAAAGGCGCCUAAGCGCCCGAGCUCCCGAAACAUAUUCGCUACCGUCGUCGAGAUUGUGCUUUUGCCAACGCCUGCGAAGCCAUACAACCAAAAGACGUUGCGCUUGACGUCUGGGCUAGUUGCCCACUCCGUGAUGGUAUUGAUCAUAUCUAUACGAGUAUUGGGAAGACAUUCGCCGCGCAUGGGAUCAUCCAUUUCAUUAGGAACUAGCUUAGCUAGAUUCUGCGCACGAGCUAUCUUCUCGACAUUCUCAUCGAUUCGAAAAGAGACAAGUGUCGUCUGAAGGGACAGCUCCGAGUCGAACGAAUCCUUCAGCAUGACGAACGUCUGCACAAAAUGCGUUAUCUGGUCGUCCGCCCAUAUUCCAGUAAGAACCCGCAGAAUCCCAUCCCACUAUACUCUCGGAUGAACAUCACGCACUCGACCGUCUGUAUGAGGAUGCUCCUGAUGGUAGUUUCGAGGCUGUUGAGCUUUUCAGGGAUCGACCGCACGGUAUCAACGAAGGUGUAGAUGGUUUCCAUCGUCACGAGUAGGUCUGUGAGCUUCUGGUCCCGGGCGAAUUGGCCUUGAACCAGCUUGAACACAGAAGAUAUCAUCUGCCACGCUAAGUUGACAUAUGGGUGUAUCUGCGCUGCGACGUCUACCAGUCUCACGAGCACGUCCAACUGCUUCAUGAUCUCUGCGAGCGACCCUCCCACGUCCUUAUCCUUUUCUUGUUCUGUUGGGUGCGUGCCAAAUAGCGAGGCCGCGGGUGUCUUCGCCUCCUCAAUUGCUCGAGGGUCCGAGUGCUUGUGCGCGGAUUCGAGCGCAGUGCGGCCUGCAUUUGCUAAGUCGACGGACCACACGCGAAGGGUGACAUGCCCGAUAGUCGAUUGAAAGGGAGGGGAGGUUGAGUUUGAGUUGGGUUUCGACACAGUGAGGGUCUUGGCGAGGUCCAUCGUUAUCUUCUCGGCAUCGUUCGAAUUAGUUGCGCGAAGAAUGGUCGACAGUCUGACUUGCGCCAUGCCGAGGAUGUGUGCGCCUGGCAUCCAAGUAUCGUGACGAACUUCGAGGUAUAUAUGCGCAUCGAUAUCAGGUGCGUGUAGCGUGAAAGUUUCGUCCCAUGCCGGAUCCCACUGCUUCUUCACUGUUCUCGUCUUGACAUGGUUCACUGCGUUGAGACCAACUCGCGCAAAGGGAUUUGGAGGCUUUGAGGACCGACCGGUAGCUGCGAUGUUGGCUUCAAGUAUCUGAAGCUGGACAUACAUCGCCGAAAUUAUG